UUUUGAGACGGAGAGAGAUAUAUACAACUUAGAAGAGAAGCUUUAAGGUUUUCAGUUCUGCGCAACACCACUCCUUAAUUAAGAUCAAUUGAAUUACGACGUUCUAAUGGGAAACCAAACAAGCAAAAAGUCACAAGAGACAUCGGCUAAGAGCGUGCACUACACAACGGAGCUGAGAUCGUACGAGGCCGCGUGCAAAGCAGACACGGAGCUUCAAUCUUUCGACACGUGUUUGCAAGCACGGACAAGUCACGUGAUAAGCACGCUAGCUACGGGCGUUGAGGUUCGAGCGCUCUCGUUCGAUUCCUUGAAAGAAGUGACGCAGUGUUUGUUGGAGAUGAACCAAGAAGUGGUGAAAGUGAUAUUGGAUUGCAAGAAAGACAUUUGGAAGAAUCAAGAAAUGUUUGAGCUUGUCGAAGAUUACUUUGAGAAUAGCUUGAAGACACUUGAUUUCUGUGCUGCUCUGGAGAAAGGCUUGAGACGAGCUCGUGAUAGUCAUCUUUUGAUUCUUGUUGCUCUUCAGCAGUUUGAAGAUGAGAGCCUUGUUCAAGCCAUGGCAGCUCCUCCUGUGGCUGCGGCUCUCGCUGCAGCUACAGCCGUGCCGCUAGGCUCAAUGGGGAAAUGGAUCGACUCGCUGUGGAAGAACUAUGAGAAUGCACUCAAAGGACAAAAAGAAGUGAUCAGUUCGAUGCAGGCAGGAACAUUUGUGGCGGUUAAAGAUUUGGAUAAUAUCCGCGUUUUGAUCGAACGGUUGGAGAUUGAGAUCACGGGGAUGGUGAAGAGUGCGGAGUUCGCGGUGGAGCAUAACGCAGUCAAGAUUGGGAUUGAUGAUAUAAAGAAGAAACUUGAGGUGUUUAAGAAGAAUGUUGAAGAAUUGGGGACUCAAGCUGAUUUGUGUAGCAGAGAUAUAAGAAGGGCAAGGACUGUGAUUCUUCAGAGGAUCAUCAAGCAUCCUAAUAUUGCUAGUAGUAGCACUUGAAUAAUGAAAUUCUUGAAGACUCUAUAAAGAAUAGUAAAGAUUCUUUCUGAGUUAAUACUAUCCAAUGUUUAAUAACUCGAAAAUGUUUAUGAUGCAUCUAUAUAUGUUGCUUUUUCUGUAUUCUUUGAUGAUUGAAACUUGAAACAAUUAAUGGGAGUCAAGUCU